GCCACAACCUUCUUUUUCUCACUAAUGAGAUUGAAACUGGCCGUAUUAAAUGGAGUUUCAACCCAUCACUUUGCAUCACACUGCAAAAAAUGGGGAGAAAGGAAAAUUUGUCUUUGGAGAAGCCACUCUCCCUCCUUGUCCUCAUUGUUAUGUUGCACACCUCACUCAAUGUUGCUUCUAACUCUGUUGAUGAAGCCAAUGCUCUUAUCAAAUGGAAAGCCAACCUUCCUAACCAAACCCAGUCUAAGUUAUCUUCAUGGUCUCCCCUUCCUAAAAAUGCCACUGUCUCCCAACCAUGCACUUGGUUUGGAAUUUCUUGCAAAGAUGGAAGUGUCAAUAGACUCAAUCUUUCAAAUUCAGGUAUUGAAGGCACACUCGAUGAUUUUUCAUUCAAAUCCUUCCCUAAUCUUGCAUACGUUUAUCUAGGGAUCAAUGGCCUCAGUGGUUCCAUUCCAUCCCAAAUCAGUCAGCUCACAAAGCUCAUCUAUCUUGACUUGUCGAGCAAUCAGUUUUCUGGGAAUAUCCCACCUCAAAUUGGCUUGUUAACUCAUCUUGAGGUCUUGUAUCUAGUUGAAAAUCAGUUGAAUGGCUCCAUUCCUGAAGAGAUAGGCAAUUUAAAGUCCCUUAACUCGCUUGCUCUGUAUACAAAUUAUCUAGAUGGGCCAAUUCCAACUUCUUUGGGAAAUUUAAGCAAUCUCAUUUACAUGUAUCUCUAUAACAACUCACUAUCUGGUUAUAUUCCUCCACAAAUAGGGAACCUCACCAAUUUGGUUGAGCUCGACAUGGCUAUCAAUCUCCUAAUAGGUCAUAUCCCUUCCACUUUGGGAGACUUGAAGAACCUACUAGUGUUGCAUGUGUAUGAAAACCAACUUCUUGGAUACAUUCCCCCAGAGAUAGGAAAUCUGAAGUCACUUCAAUUGCUACGCUUAAAUUCAAACGAUCUUUCUGGUCCAAUUCCGACUUCUCUAGGUGGUCUCAAAAAUCUCACCCUUCUUUCUCUUCAUAUUAAUAAACUAUCUGGGCCUAUUCCUGAGGAGAUAGGAACUUUGAAAUCACUUUAUAGCCUAGCAUUGAGCCAAAAUCAACUCAUUGGUUCUGUUCCAACCUCCCUUUGCAGUUUGAAAGACUUGGAAUUUCUUUAUCUUCGUGACAACAAAUUGUUUGGAUUCAUUCCUCAAGAAAUAGCAAAUCUCACAAAGCUGACUGAGCUGCAACUAGAUCAUAACCAGUUCACUGGUCACCUGCCAGAAAAGAUUUGCCAGAGUGGAACACUUCAAAAGUUCAUUGCAAGUGAAAACAAUUUCUCAGGUCCUAUACCCAAAAGCUUGAGAAGCUGCACAAGUUUGGUCCGAUUGCGCUUAGAAGGAAAUCAGCUAGUUGGAAAUGUAUCAGAAGACUUUGGGAUCUACCCGAAUCUAGGAUUUAUUGAUCUGAGUGACAAUAAGUUCCAAGGUGAGAUCUCAUCAAAAUGGGUAAGAUGUCCAAAAUUAGUCACCCUACGAAUUUCUGGCAACAAUAUUACUGGGAGCAUACCACCUGAUAUUGGAAACUUCAAUCAGUUGCAUGAACUUGAUUUUUCUUCCAAUCAUAUAGUCGGGGAGAUACCAAGGGAACUCGGAAGAUUGACUUCAUUAUUCAAAGUAUUUUUGAAUGAAAAUCUACUCUCUGGUAGCAUACCUGCAGAGUUUGGAUCAUUGAAUAACCUUGAGUUUCUGGAUCUGUCUGCAAAUAGAUUGAGCCAUUCAAUACCAAAUCAUCUCGGAAAUCUCGUGAAGCUAAACUAUUUAAAUUUGAGCAAUAAUAAGUUCAACCACACAAUUCCAGUUGAGUUGUUGAAGUUAGUUCACCUUUCCCAACUAGACUUGAGUAAUAACUUGCUUAUCGGAAGUAUACCAUCUGAAAUAGACUAUUUGGAAAGCUUGGAGGAGCUGAAUCUCUCCCAUAAUGGUCUCUCUGGAAGCAUUCCAGACAGCUUCAAGAAUAUGCAUGGCUUGUCCUAUGUUGACAUAUCCUACAAUGAGUUGGAAGGUCCUAUACCAGAUAGUAGAGCAUUUCGAGAUGCUGGCUUUGAAGCAGUGCAGGGAAACAAAGGAUUGUGUGGUGAUGUCCAAGGAUUGGAACCAUGCAAACCUUUAGUGCAGCAUAAAGACAACGCGAAGAAGAGCAGAAAGUUCAUGUUCUUAAUCAUUUUCUUUCCUCUUUUUGGAGUGCUUUUACUUAUACUUGCUCUCUGUGGAAUUUUCUUCAUCAAACGAAGAAGAAAGGAAGAUCCCCAAGCUGAAAAAGUUAAUGUGCCAAAUAAAGGUGUCUUUUCUAUAUCAACUUUUGAUGGAAAAAUUAUGUACGAAGAAAUCAUCAGAGCAACCGAGGAUUUUGAUGUCUCAUAUUGCAUCGGAAAGGGUGGAUUCGGAAGUGUCUACAAAGCGGAGCUACCAUCAGCUGGCAUUGUAGCCGUGAAGAAACUCCAUUCGUUGUCUGAUAGCCAGUAUACAUCCCAAAAGGCAUUCUUGAAUGAGAUAAAGGUGUUACUGGAGAUAAGGCAUCGAAACAUUGUGAAGCUUCAUGGGUUCUGCUCAAGUGCUCGAUACUCAUUUUUGGUCUAUGAGUACCUUGAACAGGGCAACUUGGCCUCAUUCCUGAGCAAAGAAGUAACGGCUAAAGAAUUAGAUUGGAAUAAGAGACUGGACAUUGUUAAAUGUGUCGCCCACGCCCUCUCUUACAUGCACCAUGAUUGCUUUCCUCCAAUUGUCCAUCGAGACAUUUCAAGCAAUAAUAUUUUGCUGGAUUCCAACUAUAUGGCUCAUAUCUCAGACUUUGGCACUGCUAAGCUUCUUAAACCGGACUCAUCUAAUUGCACCACAUUUGCUGGCACAUAUGGAUAUGUUGCACCAGAGCUUGCUUACACGAUGAAGGUAACCGAGAAGUGUGAUGUGUAUAGCUUUGGGGUAAUAGCACUGGAAGUGAUCAAAGGAGAGCAUCCCGGUGACAUCAUCCCCUCUCUAUCCUCCACUUGGACUGAGGAGCACACGUUAACAGAAGAUUUUUUGGACCAACGCCUUCCACCUCCUUCACGUAAUGUUGUGCAUGAACUGACAAAUGUGGUGAAAAUAGCAACUCAAUGCUUGAAUGCUAAUUCACAAUCUAGGCCAACAUUGGGUAUGAUUUCCAAGCUAUUUUUGUCCUCAUCGAUAGGUAAAAGAAAGAGAAUAUAUCAGUCAUGAACAUUUCUUGUUAUUGGGUGUCGCUUGUCAUAAGUUGUUAGGUUUUGUUAGGCCCUUCCAAUGUUAUGAUGGCUGGUUGCAUUAGUUCUGCAUGCAUUGCAACAAUUAUGUUUGUAUUUAGUUAUGUUUUUGUCUUGGUUUAUGUUGUUCUUGGUCAAAGUUACUGUUUUAACAUUGACCGAGUUUAUUAUAAUGUCUGUGGUUGUAAGUUUGAUCUUCUUAGACUCCUCAAAAAGGCUUAAAAGCUUAACAUUCUAAUGUUUCUAUAAUGAUUAUUUCUUUCAA